GAGCCAGCGUGUCAAGAUGUGUCAUGAGGGUUUCUCACGCCAUAGUCCGUGAUAUUGACAAUAUUAAAUUUCCAACAACGAAAGCAGAAUUAAGUAAAAUCAAAAAGGGUUUUUACAAUAUAGCAAAGGUCCCAAAUGUCAUUGGUGCUGUGGAUGGGACGCUGAUCCCGAUUAUUGCUCCAAAGGAAAAUGAGCCAGUAUAUGUUUGCCGUAAGGGGUAUCAUUCCCUAAACAUCCAAGCAGUUGUGGAUCACGAGAUGAGAUUUACCAAUCUUGUUGCCAAAUUUCCCGGGAGUGUGCAUGAUUCAUUCAUGUUUUGUAAUUCUGAGUUGGGUUACUUCUUUGAAGAAACCCAAGUAGAUGGAUGGCUGCUUGGGGAUUCGGGUUACGCACUUAAGGGUUAUCUACUAACACCAAAAUUGAAUCCAAGCUCUCCUGCAGAGGAGAAAUACAACAAGGCUCAUGCCAAGACACGAACCAUAGUGGAGCAGGCUUUUGGUGUUUGCAUAAAACUGGAGGAUGUUUACCAUUUACACCUGAAAGAUCUGCAAUAGUUGUGACAGCUGUUUUUAAAUUAAACAAGAAGU